AUGCAAUUCAAAUGUGAUGAUGGAGCUUGCAUUGAUAACAAUCAACGUUGUGAUGGUGAUAAGCAUUGUUCAGAUGGUAGUGAUGAAGUUCAUUGUGAAUCAAAAAUUGAAACAAUCAUAUUAAUCACACCGCAUACAAUCCUUCUACCGGGAGAUUCAAUUCGAUUAUCGGCAAAAAUAAAUGAUGCUUCAUCACCUCAUCAGGUACGAUGGCUUCAUAAUGGUAAACCAUUAGAAUAUGAGAAUCAUCGAAACAAUCAGAUUAUACGGUAUUACAAUACCUCAAUGAAGUAUUACUUGUUGAUUGAUGAUAUCAGUAGUGAUAAUGGUGGCAUAUAUGAAAUAGAUAUUAAUGGUAUCAGGAAAGGAAUUGCUAUUAAUAUUUCAACAGGCGAUGGAGCUAUCAAAAAGCAAUGCAUUAACGAAAAGAACUGUACAGGUACAGUAUUUUAUGAUGAAAAAAAAACAAACAGUUGCAAUUUUAUCAAAUCUUUUCAACUUCUACCGUAUUUUGACGUGCAAUACGUGAAAAUGACGUCUUAA